AUGGACGAGAGAUGGCGGCCGCGUCAGCUCAUGCUUCGAGGAGAGGAAGUCGAGAAGGACGCACCUUCGCGUGCCAGGCGGUGCACGUCCUGUGUAGGGAUCUGUGAUGCCAUCCUGACUUCCCUCUGGGACCACGUGGUCGCCCAACUCCCGGCGAACGAGGUCCAGCAUACCGCCCUCGCCCUCUCGCGUGCGCUCCCUCGGACGGCACACAUCUCGAAUGCGCUCUUCUGGCGACAUGUGCGCGUGAACAGGGAGGUACAGGCGUGGCAGAUCAUUCAGAAGCUCAGGCAGGAGCCGGGAGCGGCAGAUUGCGCUCGAACGGUCGCCACAGCAUUGUGGAGGGACGACCCGCAACUACUCGUCAACCUCCUGCUCGCCCUACCCUCCUUGCGUUCGAUUUGCCUCACCGUCGGACCUCUCGCCGCACCGGAACAUCUCGAGGAUUUGCUCGACCCGGCAAGCAUCAAGCGGACGGGUCGAUGGAAGCAGCUUGAGCAAUUGGCGUUCCGCUUCAAUCCGUACUGCGCGGAGCGGUCUUACUAUACCUUCCUGAAGGGCGCCUACUUCGACAUCGCGCCUUACUCGCUCUCCCGCCUUUCCAGUUCCGACUUACCCUCUCUGCGGCGCGUCUCGUUCAUCCAAGAUUUACCUCCUACGCACGGCGUCACAAAGAAGGAGACGCCCGCGUUCGGCUUGCAUGACCUCGAGGCGGAACUCGACCAAUUGCGGCUCGACGAGAUCAAGGCAUCUGUGCCGAUUUCGGGCAAGUAUGGGAGGAAAGCCGCACAGGGAAAGAUGGACUUUGCUCAGCCUAUCGUCUUCUUUCAGCUCUCCUGCCUUACUCGACUCGCUACGUCUCGAGUCGGCGGUCAACUCACCCAUCUCACCUUCCGCCUCCCACGCCGCAACCUCCUCCCCUCCCUUACCGAUUUCCCACCGUCCCUACCGCUCUCCCCUUCCUUCCCGUCCCUCCAACACCUAGAUCUCUCGACUACCCACGUGCUCGACGAUGCGCGUCUCCCGCUGCUGUUGAAGCUGCACCCGACGCUCGAGACACUCGUGCUCGAUCGGUGUAGCGGGUUGAUCAGUCGAGAGGCGGUGGAGGAGCCGACUGCUUUCGCGACGUUGCGGUGGCUCGGCAAGUGCUGUGCCGGUGUCGGCCUCGCCCGAGCAGACGACAUCGUCCGCGCCUGGCGGCGAAUCUCGAAGGAACGGCCUGCGGACGCGCCCAACGUCCAUGCUUCUGUUCCGACCGCAAAUGGUCCGACGGACGACGAAAAGCUCGUCCCUCCCGUCCGCGACAUCCUCGUCCUCCCUCCUCCGACUCGACUUCGCUCGCUCGGUCUCGGAUUGCAUGACACGCUCGCUCCACGCGUCGUCAAAGCAUGGACGAAGGCUUUCAGCGAGGGCUACGAGGACAUGGUGGGAAAGACGGUUGAUCGCGCGGAGGACGUCAACGAUCGCUGGGAACGGUGGGCGAGGACGAGCGGUCGACUGGAGGAAGGAACGCGGAGGGUGGUCGUCUUCCGCGAGGCGGUUGCGGAGGACUGGGUCAAGCAGUACUUCCCUCAGCUGUUUGACGAGGACGGCCUCGAAAAGCUUGUGACCAGCAGCGGAGACGAUCCCUCCCUCUUCCUCGAUCCCGAUCCGCUCUUCUCGCGCUUCUGCCACACACGUCGACUCCUGCCCGUUCCGUACUUCUACUCCCCCUCGGCCUCGACACCCCUCGUCGCCUCCCUCGCCCUCGAGCUCACUUCGACUAUCGAAGCGCACGCAGCCGACUUUUCGUUCUGUCCCGUACCGGACUGCUCGAACGCACCGGGCGUGCCGCACCUCACGCUUAGUCAAGUUGGGAAGGAGGACAUCGAGGAGAGGAGGAGACGGGAGAAGGAGGUUUGGGAGAGGGAAGAGAGUGAGGAGUGGGGACCUGGAGGAUGGCGGAAGGAUAGGAGUGAACAUAGGGGAGAGUGUUCGCAUCUUGAGGGACGCAGAGCUUGGGGAGCAGAGCGGCCGUAG